AUGAGUCAUGUGGCGGUAGAAAAUGCUGUUGGGCUGGACCAGCAGCUUUCGGGCCUAGACUUGAACGCUUCUCCGGAGAAUCAGGCCGGAGGCAGCACGGCCAGCAAAGGCCGCUAUAUCCCUCCUCACUUACGGAACCGCGACGCGGCCAGGGCGUGUUACGACCGGGACGGUGUAGGGUGGAGCUCCGGUAAGGAGAAGGAUGCCUACAGCAGCUUCGGGUCUCGUAGUGAUUCGAGGGGCAAGUCCAGCUUCUUCAGCGACCGCGGCAGCGGGUCCCGGGGAAGGUUUGACGACCGGGGGCGGAGCGACUACGAUGGCGUCAGCAGCAGCCGCAGUGACCGAAGCGGCUUCGGCAAGUUUGAACGCGCCGGGAACAGUCGCUGGUGCGACCGGUCGGACGAAGACGACUGGUCCAAGCCCCUCCCGCCGAGCGAACGCUUGGAGCAAGAACUCUUUUCCGGAGGCAACACGGGGAUUAACUUUGAGAAGUACGACGACAUUCCUGUGGAAGCGACGGGCAACAACUGCCCGCCACACAUCGAGAGUUUCAGCGACGUUGAGAUGGGAGAAAUUAUCAUGGGAAACAUUGAACUUACUCGUUACACUCGCCCGACGCCGGUGCAGAAACACGCUAUUCCUAUUAUCAAGGAGAAAAGAGACUUGAUGGCCUGUGCCCAAACGGGGUCUGGAAAAACUGCAGCGUUUCUCUUGCCCAUCUUGAGUCAGAUUUAUUCAGAUGGUCCAGGGGAGGCUUUGAGAGCCAUGAAGGAAAACGGAAGGUACGGGCGCCGCAAACAAUACCCCAUCUCCCUGGUGUUGGCACCAACAAGAGAACUGGCAGUACAGAUCUAUGAGGAAGCCAGAAAGUUCUCGUACCGGUCUAGAGUCCGUCCCUGCGUGGUGUACGGUGGUGCCGAUAUCGGCCAGCAGAUUCGAGACUUAGAACGCGGGUGCCACUUGCUAGUAGCCACGCCAGGCCGCCUCGUGGAUAUGAUGGAAAGAGGAAAGAUUGGAUUGGAUUUCUGCAAAUACUUGGUGUUAGAUGAAGCUGACCGGAUGCUGGAUAUGGGGUUUGAACCUCAGAUACGCAGGAUAGUUGAGCAAGACACUAUGCCUCCAAAAGGUGUCCGCCACACUAUGAUGUUUAGUGCUACUUUUCCGAAGGAAAUACAGAUGCUAGCGCGUGAUUUCUUGGAUGAAUAUAUCUUCCUGGCCAUAGGAAGAGUUGGGUCUACUUCUGAGAACAUUACACAGAAAGUAGUUUGGGUGGAAGAACCAGACAAACGGUCAUUUCUGCUUGACCUCCUCAAUGCCACAGGGAAAGAUUCACUCACCUUAGUGUUUGUGGAGACCAAAAAAGGUGCAGAUUCCUUGGAGGAUUUCUUAUACCACGAAGGGUAUGCAUGUACCAGCAUCCAUGGAGACCGUUCUCAGAGAGAUAGGGAAGAGGCCCUCCGCCAGUUCCGUUCCGGAAAAAGCCCAAUUCUGGUGGCUACAGCAGUAGCAGCAAGAGGGCUAGAUAUUUCAAAUGUGAAACAUGUCAUCAACUUUGACUUGCCUAGUGAUAUCGAAGAAUAUGUCCAUCGCAUCGGCCGUACAGGACGCGUUGGAAACCUUGGCCUUGCUACUUCAUUCUUAAAUGAGAGGAACAUAAAUAUUACUAAGGAUUUAUUGGAUCUUCUUAUUGAAGCAAAACAAGAGGUGCCAUCUUGGUUAGAAAACAUGGCUUUUGAAUACCACUACAAGGGUAGCAGUCGUGGACGUUCAAAGAGCAAUAGAUUUAGUGGAGGCUUUGGUGCGAGAGACUAUCGCCAAAGUAGUGGUGCCAGCAGUUCCAGCUUCAGCAACAGCCGCGUGAGCAGCAGCCGCAGUGGUGGAGGUGGCCAUAGCAGCAGCCGAGGGUUUGGUGGAGGUGGCUAUGGAGGCUUUUACAACAGUGAUGGAUAUGGAGGAAACUAUAACUCCCAGGAGGUUGACUGGUGGGGUAACUGAGCCUACAGCAAAGUGAUCCUU